AUGUCCUCACUUUCGCUUGUUCCUCCUUCGAUCGAUGGCAGCAGUAAUGAUGACGAGGAUGAGAACAAGCCUAAUUUAAACGAUGAUCAUGUACUGACAACAACGAAGGAAGAUGAUAAUAACAAGACAAAAGCAAGGGCGGAAGAUAAUUCUCAUGUUUCAAACCAUACGGCAUUUUCCAUAAAUGAUGAUCAUCGCAACUCUGUAAAUAUCCAUCACCCUUUGGAAAAUCCUUCCGAGAGCAUUGUGGAGAUUGAAAGCGAAGCCUUGAAUAUUAUUUCAAUUGAAACUACACAAAAUUAUAAUAGCCAUAACAAUGUUGAAAGUGAGAUGUCCUCCUCAUCAUCUUCUCAUUACAAUACUAUCACAUCAAUCGAUACUCACCAGCAAUACAGUGAAAAAAUUAAUUUAUUUGAAAUUGGGCUUGAUGCUCACUCAAAAACAGAGAAUAGUACAACAGUGUCAACAAAUCAAGUAACAGAGUCCAAAAACAAUACAAAACCCGAAAAAAACGAAGAAGAGGAAGAGGAAGAGGAAGAAGAGGAAGAGAUUUCAACAAAACCAAUACCACUCAACUCAAAAAUUUCUCACACCAAAAGUGAAGGACAUUUAGAUUCUUUUCUCUUGUCACGAAGAUCACCAAUUCGUAAUGUUACUGAACCUCAAACACCUACACUUCUCAAACAACGCAUUAUGCAAAAAUAUAAGCAGCAUAUCCAACAGCAAUCUAGUUUUACCACUGAUACGGACACAGAUGAUGAUAUGGUUUUAACAAGCAUGUCACAAAACAAAUAUUUUCGAUUAUUUUCUCUAAUGAUUGCUAAAUUCUUUAGAAUCCAAUCUCGUGUGAUAGCUCCAAGUGGAGGUGUACCACAAAAUAUUGAGGCUAUACGGAAACAAGAAAAAGCUAACCGAAUAAUUCUCAGAGAUAUGUUAACCAUGUUUAUAAGUGGAUUUUCAGUGUUUGGAAUAUUUGUCAUUGUCUGGUAUAACAUUUAUUUCAAUACUGAUUUUUUGAAGACUAUUUUGGAAGGAAGAGAUUCAUUGAUAGAACGAUUUUAUUUUUGUGUCAAGUGCAUAUUUAUUAGUGCUUUGAUUUUUCCUUUAAUAUUUAUAGCCAUUGUACGAAAUCGAUUGUUUGAGGAAGCUAGUAACCCCUUGUUGACAAAUCUAAUCAACAAGGAGCAUCAAUUGAAGCUUGUCAUUCUGCAACGAAUAUUCCAAAACUCUAUUGAACAAUUUUUGAUGCAUUCUGUGAGUUGUGCAAUGUUGAGUUAUUAUUUACCAAGAGAAGACCUCAGAAUUUUAGUGUUUGCCACGGUCACUUUUCUAUUUUGCAGGUUACUCUUUUGGAUUGGAUAUUCCAUUCACCAUUCCUUGCGUGCCCUCGGCAUUGUCACAGGUGCCUUUUUCAACCUAUUUUUGCUCGUUCUGUCUUGUUACUAUAUUUCAACGCAAGACAUUUUGCCAUUUAUCAUCAAUGAUAUGCUUUUACCUCUUUUCGUUAUAUUUUCAGCAUAG